CAGUUUCGCGGCAACUUUGCUCGGUGGCGGAGUGUGGCUCGGUCUGUGUGACACUGGGCACUGAGGGGGACACAACUCGCCCACCAACUACACCACCGGCUCAGACACAGGAGAGGUGCCCAGCGACAAGUGAAGCCAGUCAGACAGCGCCGUGUGCUUUACCGAGCGGCGAGUGAGUGACUGGCGAGCCGGGAUAAGGGUUGUAGCCAGCAAUCGUCGUCAACAUGCCUAACACCAAAGCCCGUGUUCAAGCCACCAUCGAUUUCCCAAGAAAGAAAUCGCACAGGAGCUGCAAAGCGCCACCAACCAUAAGCAAGGAUUCACCGUCACCCAAAGGGCCGCCUCUCAGCCCACGCAAGCGCCUCGGUGGUGAAAACCUGUGUAACAUUACCCAGUACCUGCAAUGCUCCCCCUCCAAACAGAAGAAGGAAAAUCAACCUGUCACUCCUUCAAUGCCUCGGGGUCGGAAGUUGGAGUUUGUUCUUAGUCCAUUAAAACGCUCUCCGGUAGAGCUCGAUAUCCUCGCUGACAAAUCACCAGAGCGGACUCCGUUCUCCGUCCACAAGGGUGACGAGACGCCUCGUUCAACGGCGAGAUGCCCGCCUGUGGGGCUUCACAAAAAGAAAGAUUUGUGCUACCAGCAGACCAAGCAAGUAUUAAAUACGGCCAUUCCUGACCGUAUCCUGGCUCGUGAAGUGGAGACCAAAGCCGUUACCCAUUUCUUGCUCAAUCACGUGUGUGGGGAGAAGCCGGGCAGUCUGUACAUUUCUGGAGCACCUGGGACGGGAAAGACUGCUUGUCUGAACCGGAUCCUCACGGAUUUGAAGGAGAAACUUGGUGCCUCUGCACCAAUUUUCAUUAACUGCAUGUCGCUGAGAAACUCGCAAACAAUUUUUCGCACCAUUGCAGACGAGCUGUUUGGAAAAAGAAAGUUAAAAUGCGUGGGAAAGGAUUUUGCCAAGAGGCUGGCACAAAAGUUAACGUGCCAGGGACCGAUGGUCCUUCUGGUGCUGGAUGAAAUGGACCAGCUGGAUAGCAAGGCGCAGGAUGUCCUCUACACAAUAUUUGAGUGGCCACAUCUAACCGAUUCACGACUGGUGUUAAUUGGAAUUGCAAAUUUGCUGGAUUUAACCGAUCGGAUUCUGCCUCGACUACAAGCUCGGCCCAAGUGCAAACCUCAGCUCCUGGACUUUGCCCCGUACACGAGGGACCAGAUCGUGGCCAUUGUACAAGACCGUCUGAGCCAGGUUCCUGGGGAGAGCGUGUUGGAAUCUGCUGCCGUUCAGUUCUGUGCUCGCAAGGUUUCCUCUGUAUCUGGUGACGUUCGAAAAGCCUUGGACGUGUGCAGGCGAGCUGUUGAGAUCGUGGAAUCGGACGCUCGAUGCCAGGCGAUGGUGAAGUCUAAGUCUCCAGUCAAGGCUCCGUGUUCGCCAGGCCUAAAGAAGGUUGGGUUGCCGCACAUUUCCCAGGUCAUCUCUGAAGUAUACGGUGACCGGAUGACGUCUCGCUCUGGAUCAGAAUGCUUUCCCCUCCAACAGAAACUACUGGUCUGUUCCCUGCUUCUCCUGCUCAGGCCGUCCAAAGUGAAAGAAGUCACCCUUGGGAAGCUCCACGACGCCUACAGCAAAGUUUGCAGAAGCCAGCAGAUGUCGGGAGCUGACCAGUCCGAAUGCCUGUCGCUCUGCAGUCUCUUGGAGUCCAGGGGGAUUGUGUGGCUCAAGCAAUCGAAGGAAGCUCGGCUCACCAAAGUUGGCCUGAAGAUUGAAGAGGAGGAUGUUGAACAUGCUCUUCAUGACCAAGCCCUGACAGGGAGCAUUUUACAAAAGGGACUGCAAUGUUUUUAGACCAUUUGUUUUAAUAAUUUGCGUUGUUUUUGCUGCUGUCAGAGAAGUACGAUAAAAGUGUCACCGAAACGGCCCUUCAGAAAUGCUUCGCUGCAUCUAUUCCAUAAAUUCUCGUUUCCAAAAUGAACCUUGGCUCUGCCACUUCUAGAGCUGGCUGACAUUCAGAGCUAAGUCAUAUCUUAUACACACGUGGGUGCUGCACACUUAUUUCCAGUACAUGGGGAGUGAUGAAUACCAGUGCCCAUCGACUGAAUGGCACUGUUGACUAUGGCCUUGGCCAGCUUACUGUGCUGCCAGAAAUCAUCAGUGUGGGAGAAAAAGACCAGCUGGAUUGCUUACCAUAACAAAAGCUGGGGUUUGUUUUAAUUGCUACUUGCAGCAGCACCGUUUUGGAAGAUGGUGAAGUAGGUGUAUAUUAACUAUGACAUUGACCUUGUGUUGAUUGUCUUUAUCUUGUGAAAGGUUUAUGAGAUGAGUUUCUUGUGUAAUAAUACUUAAUAACAUCCCUUUGCUAACAACUUUUAAAAUAUUUUUUAAAGCACUUUAGGUUUUAAACAUAUAUAAAAGCUUGUUAUUGCAAGCCGGUGAGAUUUUAACUGAAUUAAGACUCAUCUCUGGAUUGAUUUUAUUUUUAAGAUACAAAGAUACCAAGAGUGUGAUCCAGUCGUUUAUUGCUUUGUUUUAAGGGACCAGGGAGAGGGUGAUAAAUGGUUCAGUUACUUUCCAUAAGCCUUUGGUGCUUCAACUUCAGUUAAGAUAAAAAUGUCAGCAUGGAAUUAAGGCCUGAAAUUUUGAUAUCAAUAUCAUAUUUGGACAAAUGAGGAAGGUUUAAGUGUAAAUAUCUCUUGUGUAUCAUUUUAAGUUUGUGCCCUUGUCUGCUGUGGCUGAAACUUUAAAAAUAAAGUUCAGUUGUCUUACUGUG